AUGGCAACCGUUACUGACAACACUAACAACAUCCCUGCGCCGGAAAACCCUAACAAAACCCUAGACCACACAGCACCAGAUCCAGUCCUUGACGCCACUGAGGCUGUCGAUGCUACCGACAAUGCGGAGGCUGCCGACGCCAAGACUUCUCCCCCGCCCGAAUCCGGUAACGACGCUCCGCUCUCCGAUACUCAGAAGAAGAUUCGCCGCGCUGAGCGAUUCGGCAUUUCCGUCCAGUUGUCCGAGAAAGAGAAGCGCAAUUCCCGAGCUGAAAGGUUUGGCACUGGGGCAGCUACGCAGGGAUCAGAGCCGUCAAAAUCGGAGGAGUUGAAGAGGAAGGCUAGGGCAGAGAGAUUUGGAAUGCCUUGUCCUACUACUGCGGCAGAUGAAGAGGCAAAGAAGAAAGCUCGACUUGCUAGGUUUGCACCUGCUUCCAAAGUUGAUCCUCUAGAAGAAGAUAAAAGGAAAGCAAGGGCACUUAGGUUUGCCAAUCCAUCAUCAACUUCUAUAUCCAAUGUUAAUGGCGAGGGAAACAUUGAGCCGGCUGCUAUUGAAGGCAAAGCUGGAGGAGGUACCUGA